AUGACCAAGUUGCGACGUGGCGAUACUGGCGAUGCCGGCGAAACGUCUGGGAAUGUACCACGUCCACGGUCCUACUCUGGAAACGAUGCUGCAUACAAUGGACUCCGGACUAGGUGCGUUCCUCUAAGUCUUCCUACCAAUAUGACCAAGUUGCGAAAAAAGGUCAAACAACUUAUAUAA